AGGCAUGUGACUAUACCCACACAAAUAUUCCCAUCAAAGAGUAUGUAUGUAAAGCUUUAAUGUAAAACUGAAACUGCCAGAAAUGGCAGCCAACAACCAGCAACAAGCUGACAAGAGAAUAAUAGGAUUCGAUUGUGAGUUUGUGAAGCCACCACCUUCGGAAUACAUCCAGUCAGAGUGUCCAGUUUGUCUCCAGAUCAUUCGAGAGCCCCACCAGGUCACAUGCUGUGGAAAAAAGUUUUGCAAAGCUUGUAUUGAGCACAUCAAAGCAAUUCAAAAGCCGUGCCCAACCUGUAACGAAGUUUCAAUUUUUGCCGACAAAAGUUCGAAACAAUCGCUCUACAGUUUGAAAGUUCGCUGUACCCACCAGAAAGACGGGUGUGAGUGGACGAAGGAACUGAGACAGCUUGAUGAGCAUCUCAACACAGAUCCACUGCCAGAGAAACGACUCGAUGGAUGUCAGUUUGUUGAGAUUGAUUGCAUCUAUAAUUGCAGGAACCAACUGCAACGAAGGUACAUUCAAAACCACCAAAUUAAGGAUUGCCCCAAACGUCCAUUCGGUUGUGAGCACUGCCAUGAUUACAAGUCUACCUACGAUGAUGUCACCAACAACCACUGGCCUGUGUGUGGGUCCUUCCCUGUCCCCUGCCCUAACCAGUGUGGUUCAACUAUCCAACGUCAGAAUAUAAACAGCCAUGUUGCCAAAGAGUGCCCCUUGACCACCACCAACUGUGACUUCCACCACAUAGGCUGUGCUGUGAAACUCCCUCGACAAGACAUACCAGAACACCUGAGAGAGAACCUACUCACACACAUCUCUCUAUUAGCCACCAGUCAUGCCAAGCAACAAGACAAAAUCACAAGUCUGGAAACUGAAAAUACACUAUGUAGAUCGUUUGAGACCAAAAUAGCUGCACUACAGACCAAAGUUACCACACUACAGCAACAAAACACUACUAGUAAUGCCGAGAUAACAUUUUCUACAAUGAACUUAACUGCACUACAGAGCACGCUACAGCAAGAAAAAAAAUUGUUUGCUACUAGUAUUGCCAAGCAACAAGCUGAUAUUGCUAUUUUAGUAGAAGAGAAUAAACAUCUAAAAAUUAAAAUCACAGAAUUGGAACCAUUGCAACAACUACUCAAGACAGCACCUCCCAUUGUGAACUCUAGACCUCUUGUUCCACUGGAGCCCCCUGUCCUUACAAUUACCGACUUCCAACAGCACAAGAGAGAUGACGAUAAGUGGUACUCCCCUCCAGUCUACACCCACCAUCAGGGCUACAAGAUCGGUCUCAGAGUGUACGCUAACGGUGAAACCCGUGGUAUAGGAACACACGUCUCUGUGUAUGUGUACUUUAUGAGAGGAGAGUUUGACAAUUCUCUGAAAUGGCCGUUUCGUGGUGUGAUUUCAUAUCAACUACUAAACCAGAUCGAUGGCAAGGAUCAUAAAACACACACACUCGUCUAUGAUGACAAAGCACCUAACGUAAGCAGUACCAGAGUGACAGAGGGAGAGAGGGGAGCAGGGUGGGGAAAGCAAAAGUUCAUUGCUCACACUGAACUGGAGCCCAAGUAUUUACGAAACGACACCCUUCUCUUCCAAAUACAAAAAGUAGAACUGAAGUAGUUGCUUAAUUAGAAGAGUGAUAAUUACGUAUACACACAAACAAACCGUAGACAUAAGUAUUAUCUGUGUACUGAUUGCAAUUGUA